AAAAAAAAAAAAAAGAAACACACACACAAUGGAUAUUUAGGACAACUUGUCAAACUAUAAGGUGGCCAAAUGAACAUCAUGGGUCUAUAAAUUGGUCAUUUUACCACAUAACACGCACAAGACUAGUAUUUUGUCAAAACACCACCACUAAUGGAUGUAAGUGCAGGGUGUUGUGUACUUGGAGUAGCAACUGUAAUUAUGUUUUUUAUAUGGAGAGUUUCAAAUUUGUCGUGGUUUGUAUCAACCAAGAAGUUAAGGAAGCACUUAAAAGAUCAAGGACUCAACAAUAGUUCUAACAAAUGCAUGUCACGAGAGGGAAAAGAGAUGGCGCAGACGAAAACCGAAGCCAAAGCAAAACAAUUUAGUCUAACUCGAGAUAUGGCUCCUCGUGUCUCUCCUUUCUUUUAUAGAUCAAUUAAUACUCAUGAAUUUCAGAUAGGCAAGAAGGCUAUGUGCAUAGAGGAACCUAAACCUAAUCUUGAUACAUUGAUUAAAAGACUUCGAAGCAAGCAAAGUUUGCAUAAUGUAAUUCCAUUGUCUAAUGCACAGAUAGAUAACAAGACGAGGUUCAAUGGAGGCAUCGUCAUGGAGUCAAUGUUACAUGGGAACCUAAAGAGGAGAUCCAAAAGAGAUACCCUAAGCUGUUUGUAUAGCUGA